AUGAGCAAAAACACUUAUAUUGGGAUUCUAGCAUUUCUGGCUGUUCUCAUUGCCAAUCUCUGGCAGCCAGUAGCUCAUCGUGCAACUGUGCUUGGCCUGACCAGAUCACCUACCAAGAUUGACAACAUACAUGGAGUAGGAACUCCCAUCAAAAUCCCGAAUACAGUCCAUUGCGAGGACGUGCAUUAUCAUCGUGCAUCUAACAAGCUCUACACAGCCUGUGAGGGCCCUGCAUCCUCGAGGACUCUCUGGUUCCCUCCUUUAGCCCAUUUCUCAGGACGAAACGAUGUCGGCCAAGGAAAGAUUGUCGUGGUUGAUCCAGCUACAUUCACAUCUACGGAGCUCGUGCUCUCAGGCUUCAACGGACCACUAGUCACGCAUGGCAUAGACAUCUUCUCUAACGAAGACGGUCGAACGGUCACGAUAUAUGCUGUAAAUCACUUGCCGAAUCCAGAGUAUAACGCAGCAGGGACCAAAGACGCUUCUCAACACAAAGCACGCUCGCAGAUUGAGGUGUUUUCACACACCAUUGGUUCAGACACGGCUGUUUGGGUUCGAUCUGUGAGACAUCCUCAUAUACGAACUCCCAACGACAUCUAUGCAACUGGUCCAACGUCUUUCUACGUUACUAACGACCAUUACUAUCGUGAAGGUCCACUACGUCUAGUCGAGGACUUGCUCGAGUACAGCACUGGUGCUUGGUCAGAUGUUGUUCACAUUGACUUCUCGAACCACAAGGCGGAUGCUACACCUGCACUUACAGCCACGCACGGAUUGACCAAAUCCCACAACCCAAAUGGCUUGGGCCACACGACCCAGGACAAUGAACUGUUACUUGUGGAUGCAGCUGGUGGUGAAUUAUACGUCAUGAGCAGAAAUACGGCUUCUGAUGCCUCGAAAGAAUUGACCUUGCGCUCACGUAUUCAGCUCGACAGCUCGAUCGACAAUCCUUCUUACUACGACGACCAGUAUGCAACCCCUGGGAGGAAUGCCAGCGGUUAUGUCCUUGCAGGAUUGCUCCUUGCCCACCAACUUGGGGAAGCUGUCACCACGAACGACAGUGCAAUACCGACGGUUGUAUGGUAUGUUCGAACGACUAGUGAAGGCAAACAAGAGAAAUCUGUGAUAUUUCAAGACGAUGGAAAGCUGCUACGAAGUGCGAGCGCGGCUGUACUGGUUGGUAUUGAUCCUGCUGGGAACGAUGGCAAGAAGCAAGCUUGGCUUUUUGCCACUGGCUUUGUGUCAGAAGCCAUGAUCGCCGCGAGGAUAGAAUUGUCUACAUGA